UAGGCUGAGCAUUUAUUAUAAAAAUUGAUUAUUUAAAAUUGAAUUAGCGGCGAGUAAGAAGGCAAAUUUGAGUCUUUUGAUUUUAGCUGUAAUUACAAAUAAAUACUCUUAAACACUUACAUCGGCUAAAGUAAUGCCGUCAAUAACAAUCAACUGUUCGCUUGCACUUCGGAAAGCCGCUCGUAAACUCAUUUGCAAUUCGAUUCGCCGUAUCUCAAGUACUAAAAUAUGUUUAGCGGAAAUGAACGACCCCAUGGAUCACGCAACUGGCAUAGAGAAACGUGAGUUAGAACAAUGGAAAGCUGGUAAUAAAGAUCCUUGGUUGCUCGAUACGGUCUUAAAGCGCGGACCUGGCACCAAGGAGCAGCCAACAAUGAUACCAUCUGCAUUCGAUGGGCGUAUUGUGGGAUGUUCCUGUAAGGGCAAUCGCUUUGUGAACUGGAUGUGGCUUGAAAAAGGUGCGCCAAAACGUUGUGAAUGUGGAUUCUACUUCCAAUUGAAAGAAGUAAAGCCGGUUUAAGACAAUAUAUAAGCAAGAAUGACCAAGAGUAAUUUGCAUACAUACAUAUGUUUGUAUUUAAUUGUAAUUAAAUAAUGAUCAUKAUAAACUAAAACCCUAACCUAUAGUAUAA